GAACGCACGUAAACAAUAACAAACACGCUGCUCUUUCGGUGCCGGUUUUGCAAUGGAUGAAAUCUCGACGAUUGGAUUUCAAAUCAUUUCGUUGGCGAAAGAUAAACCGGAAGGUAUCAACAACGAUGACCUUUCGGAAUCGCUACAAACGGUGGCGCCGGAAAAGCGCGUCCAGGCGCUGAACAAGCUGCUACUGGACGGUGUGCUGGAAAUACUGAAAAAGGGUAACACGUUGAUAUACCGGAUGAAGGAUCCGGGCAAGAAAUCGUCCGCACCGAAGGACAUCGACAAUGAGGAGCGUGUAAUAUACAACAUUGUGGAGGAGGGUGGUAACAAGGGUAUCUGGAUACGGGAUAUCCGUGUGAAAUCCAAUCUGGUCAUGACGCAGUUAAACAAAGUGCUGAAACAGUUGGAAAACAAAAAGCUAAUAAAAGCGGUCAAAUCGGUUAACGCUAGCAAAAAGAAAGUGUACAUGCUGUACAAUCUGGAACCGGAUCGUUCCAUAACGGGCGGCGCAUGGUACCAGGAUCAGGACUUUGAGGCAGAAUUUGUUGACGUGCUGAAUCAGCAAUGUCUACGAUUUUUACGCAUAAAGCGUGACUCAGCACGAACCAGCGGUGAGGGACCGUUGGCAGUGCAGAAGCUGUCCGAAUGCUCGGUGGCAGACGUGCAUCGAUUCAUCUCCGAUCUCGGUAUCAGUAAGAUCAGUCUGGACGAGGACGAUUUGGAAACGAUACUCAAAACGGUAGUGUACGAUGGAAAGGCCGAGCGUAUCGCACAGGUCAAUGGUGGGUUUCUGUAUCGAGCGAUAGAAACUCCUAUCGCUGCGCCGGGCUUAGUGCAGAUGCCUUGCGGCAUUUGUCCGGUUAUCAAAAAUUGUGCCGACUGCGGUGAAAUCACACCGAAACUAUGCACUUACAUUAGUGAAUGGUUAGAUUGAGUGCGAUAUUGCUUACGAACGUAUUUUAAUAAGCACGACAAAGUGCGUCUUUAUUGCUAACUGAUCUUGUAACGGAUAUUUGUUAUUACCGUAAUAAACAAUGUAUGAAAAUAUGGUAAAGAUUUCCAAACUAUUAACACUGAUUUCUAACUAAUUUUGCAAAUAAAACUUCUUCGUUGCUAAAGCAGUAUUCUUUUUGGCAAGCAAGCUGCCUUCGUAUGCGAAGGGAAGCAAGAUAACUGUGGUUUAAACUCCGAAACACAUAUGUCGUAGAUGCCGUACACCCUCACAUGGCCAUUGUUCUUAUCGUGUUUAGAUGCUGUCCGGCCGUGACUUGGUGAAUGAGUGAAAAAGCGCACCCUUUUGAAUAAAAUUUCAUUCAUCGUUGUUAGUUGACCGCUUCGUUUGAUAAGCAUGUCUGGUUAGUACGGAAGGACCCGUCGGCGAGUGAAG